AUGACUGCGCAGGCAGACCAGGGGCGCCCUCGAAAGAUUGAAAGGAAGCUGAAAACCCCAGACUGGCUUAGCAACCGCUAUUUCUUUGAUGCGUUCACCGAAACCCUAACCAAGGCAGGCAUAAAGGUCGAGACUGCCCCUGAGCAAAUGUUCGAUUUUCGCUACGUACAGGACUUCCGUGAUACCAAAGAUGAUGGGCGGAAGAUGUUCCGAGGCGGAAGAGAGUACUUCUUGCCGGUUGGCUGGAAGCGCUUUGCAGUGCAGGUAAAAGGUGUCUACGACGAAGGUGACAAUGCAUGGUUGCGUGAGGACGAGAGCGGCUGGGCAGUGGCCUACCACGGAACCUCAAAAGAAGGACUUGGUGGCAUCCUGUGCACAGGUUUCAGAGUUGGCGAGCGGCAAAAGUUUGAAGCAGCAGCAGGUGCUGGUGUCUACUGUACACCUCGCAUUGAUGUGGCACAGCACUAUUCGAAGCCAACGCUGCUACGAGGGCACAGCGUCCAAAUUGUGCUGCAACUGCGGGUUCGGCCUGGUGCCAUUAACCCCAUCACAGACCCGAGCGCACACGAAUUCGAGCGAAAGUAUUGGGUCAUCAACAAUCCUGACGACAUACGUGCUUACGGUGUGCUCAUCAGGGAGCUGCCACUGCGGGACUACAUUUUGCCUGAGGUGAUGGUUUACGGCCGAGACCACCCUGGGAUCCGUGCCAAGAUCGACGAACUUGAGGAAGAGAUUCGCCAGCAGGGGGGAUGA